GGCCCAAUUCGGGUAAAAUAAAAAGAAACGAACUUAUUUUCUUAAAUUUGAAUAAUUAAAUUACCCGAUCUAAUUAGAUGUUAAAAAUUAAUUAGUACCUGAUGAGGGAAAGGGUUCUCCUGAGAGUGAACCAUUGAUUCCUUUUUUUUUAAUGAAUCCUAACUAUAAUAAACUAUAAUAUAUAAUAUAUUAGUUGGAGACAGAUGUGUAGAAGAAAUAGUAUACUGAUAAAGAAAGUUUAUUCCAAAGUCAAAAGAGCAAUCAGGUUGCAAAAAUAAAGGAUUUUUCUACUAACGAAUAUAAAUAUAAAUAAAUAUAAACCAAUUGGAUAGAAAAGGAGAGAAAAAAAUCUGUUGAUUGGAUUCCUUGUCCUCGGGGUAUAUAUUUCUUACUGUACUAUAUACAUACAUAAUACAUAUCCUGUUCUGACCAUAUUGCACUAUGUAUCAUUUGAUAACCCAAGAAAUGCCCCUUGCUUUCUGUUUAAGUAGAAAUGAAAAUGGAAGAAUUACAAGGAUAUUUAGAAAAAGAUGGAUCUAGGCAAAGGUACUUCCUAUUCCUAUAUCCACUUCUCUUUCAGGAGUAUAUUUACACACUUGCUCACGAUCAUGGUUUAAAUGGUUCGAUUUUUGUGGAAAUUUUAGAUUAUGACAAUAAAUCUAGUUCAGUACUUGUGAAACAUUUAAUUAUUCGAAUGUAUCAACAGAAUUAUUUGAUUUAUUCAGCUGAUGAUUCGAACCAAAAUCGAAUCGUUGGACACAACAAUUUUUUUUAUUCUCAAAUGAUAUCAGAAGGUUUUGCAGUCAGUAUGGAAAUUCCAUUUUUACUGCGAUUAGGAUCUUCCCUCGAAGAAAAAGAAAUACCUAAAUCACAAAAUUUGCGAUCUAUUCAUUCAAUAUUUACCUUCUUAGAGGAUAAAUCAUCACAUUUAAAUUAUGUGUCAGAUAUAUUAAUACCCCAUCCCAUCCAUCUGGAAAUCCUGGUUCAAAUACUUCAAUGCUGGACUCAAGAUGUUUCCUCUUUGCAUUUAUUGCGAUUCUUUCUCCACGAAUAUCAUAAUUCGAAUAGUUUCAUUACUCCGAAAAAACCUAUUUACGUGAUUUCAAUUUCAAAAGAAAAUAAAAGAUUUUUUCGAUUCCUAUAUAAUUCUUAUGUAUUUGAAUGUGAAUUUGUAUUAUUUUUUUUCAUAAACAAUCCUCUUAUUUACGAUCAAGGUCCUCUGGAGUCUUUCUUGAGCGAACACAUUUCUAUGGAAAAAUGGGGCAUUUUUUAGUAGUGUGUUGUAAUUAUUUUCAGAAGACCCAAUGGUUCUUCAAAGAUCCUUUUCUGCAUUAUGUUCGAUAUCAAGGAAAAGCAAUUCUGGUGUCAAAGGGAACUCGUCUUUUGAUGAGGAAAUGGAGAUCUUACUUUGUCCAUUUU